UGAGAAGGCAAUCCAUCACCUGUUGCAUUCGGAGGUACUCCUGGUGAGUUUUGUCCUUGAGUUGUUUUAGACAGUCAGUGAUUUCAUUGAAUAGUUUGGGGCCCGUUUCUUGUAUGCACAUCAUGCACCUCAGCGUCCCCCUGGCCAAAGCCCUGCUGCUCAGCUGCCUCUGCGCGGUGCCGCUGCGGGGCCAGAAGCCGGGGCAGGUCGACCCCUUCUCCGCCUACCGGGCCGAGCCGCAGUGCUGGGACUCGUCCUCCGCCCGCCUGCUCAAGAUGCGCUCCCCGGGGAUCGCGGACACCGUGCCUGCCUUCUGGGACCUGAUGGUGUUCCUCAAGGCGUCGGACAACAGGAAGCACUCCGCCCUCUUCUGGGACCUGGCGCAGGUCUUCUGGGACAUUUACGUGGACUGCGUCCUGGCCAGGAGCCAUGGACUGGGCCGGCGGGGGCUGAAGUUGCCCAAGGACCGCAUCACCUCCGUGCACUCCCUCGUUACGGACCCAUCACAGUUCGGCACGUGGGAGCGGGGGUCAAAGGUCACAGCAGGACUCCGAAAAUAA